GGCUGAGGUAGAAGUCAUGUCCGCAGCGUUGUGUGUGCUGUAGUGUGUGGUCAUGGCCAAACAGUACGACGUGUUGUUCCGGCUGCUCAUGCUCGGAGACUCGGGGGUUGGGAAGACGUGCAUGUUGCGCAGGUUCACCGACAGUGAGUUUGACCCGUCACACAUCUCCACCAUCGGCGUCGAUUUUAAGAUGAAAACACUAGAAAUAGAUGGACUGAAGGUGCGAGUACAGAUAUGGGACACGGCCGGUCAGGAGCGUUAUCAGACCAUUACCAAACAGUACUACAGAAGAGCACAGGGUAUCAUCUAUGUGUACGACAUCACCAGCCAGGCAGCCUUUCAGCACAUUGCCAAGUGGGCCAGCGAUGUGGACGAUUAUGCACCCAACCAGGUGCAGAGGAUCCUGGUAGGAAACAAGUGUGAUGAGGAGCUAAGGAGGCAGGUGACAACGGAACAAGGAAGCAAGCUUGCAGAAACCUACGAGAUGGAAUUCUUUGAAACCAGUGCUUCCAGCAGCAAUAACAUCAGAGAGUCCUUCACUCGUCUGACGGAGCUGGUGUUGCAGGCGCACAAGAGAGACACGGACCACUUGUUGUCCUCCCUGGACGAUUAUCUAGAGAAGGUCGCUCUGGAGGACGAGGGGAGUAAAGAUACGGACGAAAACGUUCAGAGGAGUUGUGCCUGUUAGCAAAAACCACCAAUGGUUGAUCCCUUAAGACAGCUUUUCCCUAUUGUGACUUGACUUGAAUCCUUCACAUCCUCCUUUGUGGAUGCUGAUGCGUCUUGGACAAGGGGGUGCGUGACUGGUUUCACUUUUUGUAAGGAGCUAUAUGCAGUUAGCAGCAGCUGCCAGCAGAGGGCCCAGUUUUGCGGCGCGAUCACUGAAGAGUGCGGUAGCUGGGUCUCUCCAGCAAAUCCAUCAGUGCACAUGCUCUCUUCUUUUUCCUUCAUGAAAUGUAACAUUGGACGAACCAUCCACUUCCUCUCUUCUCCAUUACUUUUGUUGUCUUGUUGCUUUUUAUUUGAUUUGCCGUCUUCAUAUCAACAAACUGAUCAAUAACAUGAUUUCAUAUUGAAGAAAUCCAUCCAUUAAGGGGAUUCUAGAUGCUGUAUCAAGGCAGACAGAGGACAGGCUUGAAUUAUUUACACCUGAGACCACGCGGAGAGGGAUCCCUUUACACACUGGACUUAUUUCCUCAAGGGAGCCACCGCCGUGCCAUGUUCAGUGACCUUUGUUGAUGCGCCACAUGUUCAUGUUCCAUCCUGAAUGUGCUUGUUAUAUGAAUGUGACUUGUGCUGCAGACUGCAAGUUGUGUACGGACACGUCAUUGCUGCUGCUUAAUUUAAUGUUUUCGGGGUCUGCUGAGGGGUUCACAGCCAUUGUAAUUUUAAUGUGUAAUGUUAAUGGGAAAAGUUGGGUAAAUAAAUUGAAAUGUCAUAUUUAAAUGUAA